AUGCCCGUGCAGCCCAAUCAACAGCCGGCUCCCGGCCAGCGCUUUACCCUCCCCACCGAUCGGUAUCGAUCUUCGAUCCCCAAGGCCGCCACCACGCCCGGCAGCGCCAACCAGCCCAACGAGGAGGAGGCCUGGCUCUAUCCCUCGCCGCAGAUGUUCUACAACGCCAUGCGACGCAAGGGGUGGGACCCGCGCGAGGAGGACAUGACCGCCGUGGUGAGCAUCCACAACGCCGUCAACGAACGCUCCUGGAGCCAGCGACCGCGGCUUGCGCGCUUCCGUGGCCGGCCGACUGACCUGUCGCCCAAGGCCCGAAUGAUGAGCUGGCUCGGGUACAAGCUGCCCUUUGACAGGCACGAUUGGAUCGUAGACCGGUGUGGAACAGAGGUCCGCUACGUGAUCGAUUUCUAUCAGGGAGAGGUGCCCCAGGGCGACUCUCACCAGGCUCCUCCUUCCGCCUUCUUCCUCGACGUCAGACCCGCACUGGACUCGUUCGGCAGCGCCUACGAUCGGAUACGUAUGGGGCUCCACUCCACCUUCCCCUCGGCCUUCUCCAUCGGCAAGGAGAAGGACCUCUCCUGA